AUGUGGCUGACACUUCAAACAGUCUGUUCAAGAAACAGGACAUUCUGCAGAAGGAGUUACGUCGUUUCUCUGCUGAAAUGUUCAAGGCUCAGGGGUAAUACCAACCAGACAGUUGGACUCUCAACACAAACAUGCAAGGCUCUUCUUUACAGAAAACACGGAGACCCUUCGCAAGUCAUUCAGUAAGAACUUCCGUCUUAAUGUAAAGACAUAUAUCGUGUUUUCGUAGUUUGAUAGCUAGGAGCUAACCUGAAUUUAGCACCCUUAGGAAUCCAUAGCGACAGUCUAGUGCAGUGGUGCGGCAGUGAGUGGCCCUUUAAUCUUUAUUCUCAAAUAUUUGAUCCAGCUAAACCAAAAUGUAGUGUUUAAAACUCUUCCAAAAUGCAUAACGCUCACCUUCGUGUUGCUGUAACCAAGCAAAAGAGCACAAGUGUAGUUUCUUUCUCGCUCUGUUUCGGUGUGCCGGGGUGUAAGGAGCUCGGCUCUGCCCCCUUCAGGUCGGAGGACGACGAUGGUAACGGUUAAUUUAAAAUGGAAAACAGCGGUUAGGUCAGUUUCCGCCUUAACGCUUCAAUGAGACAAUAAACUCAAAGCAAAAAGCUACUUAAAAGUGUUGAACAGUCAUAUACGGUCGUGAAUCUAAACAAAAUAAAGAUUUAAUCGAAAAUUUACAGUAAAGCUCAUCUGAGGUAACGGUUCCAAAGUUGAAGUCGCCAGAUGCUAUUGACGAUAAAACUAGUAGGCUAACACUAUCACUAUCGCCGAGUGAAUUUUACCCGAAAUAAUAUACCCAAGAGCCAUGAGGGGACCAUAUAAAAAUGCAACAAAAUAAUAUAUAUAUAUAUAUAUAUAUAUAUAUAUAGAGAGAGAGAGAGAGAGAGAGAAACUGUAAACUUAGUCUCUUUUCCACCCAUUCCUGGGGCAUGUGAGUCUUCUCUGGUGAAGACUCAGGGUCCUUGGCACAAUACCAGCUGCAGGAGAGAAAACCAAAAUAUGGCAUAUUAUGAGUGAGUAAAAAUGACCAGCUGACUAAAAUAUUCCUAUCACCAUAUGAAUUCCCUUGAAAAUCACUACUUUGUGAUACUUAUUCAUAACCACUGCGCUAAAUAAAGAUAGCAUGCAAAUUCCAGGACCACUCUUACUGACCUUAUUCGCCUACAUGCAGCUAUGAAAUCCACCCAAACCUACUUAACCUCUAUCACUAUUGUCGGGUGAAAAAAAGGUUUUGGAUAAGGGAAACAAAUAUGCCUUCAAAGAUGUCAAAGGCAAUGCUGAAGCUACCCAGGGACCCAUGAUACUCAGACAAACACAACAUAAUAAAAAUCAGGUAAACAUGUUUGGUCAGGUGAAAUCACCCGACGAUGGUGUUCUAGGGUUAAAACUGUUAAAACUCAACAAUUUCUGAGAAGUUAAUACAAAACAGCACAAUUUUAGUAAUCCCAUAUAAAAAAAGGUAUUUUCUUGAUGGACACGACUUUAUCAGAUUACUUUAAAUAACAUUUUUUUUUACCUGAUGUUUUUUGUGUUGUUCUUUGUCACUUACCAUGUCUGAGGCAGUGAGCAAUAUUUGACCACCUAAUGGGACUAUGGGAGCCAGUCACCUGUCUCUAGCACCAUUAUUUAAGGCAGUAAGAAUUAAAAUAUCAAACAAUGAGAGAAGUAGUAUAAUAUAUAAUAGUAGCGUUUUGAAAUAUUUCUUCCACUCAAGAGUAAAAUCAAAUUCAAAUUAUGUCACCAAACCAUCGACACCAUGGUGCAAAAACAGAUGUUAGAAAUAUCUAGAUACACUGAUAAACUGUAUUCUAUGAUUGCCAGGUUGGAGGACAUAGAUCUGCCUCCUUUAGGUACAAAGGAUGUCCUGGUUAAGAUUCUGGCAGCUCCGAUAAACCCAUCUGAUAUCAACAUGAUUCAAGGUUUGUUGUUCACCUCCUGCAAACAAAAAUGUGGCACAGUAUUUGAGAAAUGUAAAAGAAAAAUAUAUUUUUUUCCCCCUUUCUCUCAGACAUGUAAUCUUUUUUCACAUGGUGGAAACUUCCUCCUUCCUCAGAAGUGUCACUUGGUCGGUGUGACAAUUUUUUUGACAGUAUGACAAGUAACACUUCUGAGGAAGGUGGAAGUUUCCGCCAAAACAUGUCAAGGCAUGUGAAAAAAGAUUACAUGUCUAAGAUACAAUUUCUAACAAUUUCUAAGAAACUGAAGACAUAAUGAACAUCAUUCAACAGAAAAAAAACUUGUUUUUCAGGUACUUAUGCUAUCCUGCCUGACCUUCCAGCUGUUGGGGGUAAUGAGGGAGUGGCACAGGUGUUAGAGGUGGGCAGCCAAGUGAAAUCCCUCAAAACAGGAGACUGGGUUAUACCAAAAGAUGCUGGUCUUGGUAAAAUGCAGCUUGUGUAUUUCAAGAUUGAGUCUAGAGUGUAACUAUUGUGCUCUCGUAAUGACACCUAACGUUUGCGCCUUGUGUGAGAGCAGGAACAUGGAGGAAAGAGGCGGUGCUAGCUGAAGACGACAUCAUCUCGCUCCCCAAUAACAUUCCCCUGCUGUCUGCUGCUACACUGGGAGUGAAUCCCUGCACUGCAUUUAGGAUGCUGUCUGACUUUGAAGAUCUGAAGACAGGUAAAUUCUGCAUACACAGGGUCAUAUUUUCUUUCACUGAUAUCUUUGGAUUGCAGAAUGAAGUUCAGAAUUACGGUUUAUAUUUUUGAUAGUAAACCUCUUUCAUGAUUACAGAAGACAGAUACAAGAAUUCAGGUUCAGAGUUAUUUUAAUACUUGCAAGAUGGAUACACAGAAGUGUUCUUCAAUUGUGGGGCUUCAGAGUCUUUUAUCCUCGCUUCAUCAGCCUUCCUGGAUCUGUGUCAUCAUUUCCAUGGAUGUUCCUGAUGCUGGUUAUACUUUUCCUUUUCAUCCUCCCAGUGAACCCACAUUCCCUUACAUUUUACAGUUUUUGGGUCAUAUAUUUUCAUCAUUUUCCUCCUGUUUAAACUCAGUUCUCAGUAUCACAAAACUUUUUUUCAGCUCAGCUUGGAUGAACAUAGGUGACAGUAGUUCGCCGCUGUCAUCCUCAUGAGUUAAUAAGUGGUCUGGAUUAUCAGUUUGAGCAAUGUAUUGAUAUAAACCUUUUGGUAAGAUUGUUUUUUUUUUGGUCUGAGUUUGGAUUCCCCCCCUUUCUUUCCCCACAUUUCACUUUCUAAGAUGCAUGGUUCUGCAUCUCUCUUAAAAUGUCACUAUCUAGAUGUGUAACUUCCUGUAGUGUCGGUGUCAGCUAAGGGAAACUGUGCAGCUUUCUUAGCUUCCUUGUCUGCUGUGCAAUUCCCCAUCGAAAUUGGGUCCUGUUGUGUGUGUGCUGCAGACUUGAGAACAGCUAUUUUUAGUGGAAGUUGGACUGCAUCCAAGAGCAGUAAGAGACAGUCUCAGUGUGUGAUAGCUUUGCCUGUAGAUGUGACCAUGCCUCUAUUUUUCUGCUGCUGUGCAACACAUACAUGAAAAUGCAUAAUUGCUGUCUGUGUAGAUAUUCACUAUCUUAUCUUGUCUACACUUCUGCAGCCUGUGCUGAUAGGUGUGGCAGUAACAACUCUGCCUUAAACACUGAGUUUUAUGUAACUGCUGUAUAUCCUGUAGCAUCAGUACCAUCUGGAUCCUUUUCGCAGGAUCCAUCUACAAUUGAAGUCAAAUAUGCUUUUGCAUGGGUGUAUCUUUAAGGUACUUUCUCUGUAAUAUAUUCGAUUUUCAGGUAAACAAUUGAGUGGCUCACCAUCUAUUGGUGCUGGUAUAAGAGUAGAUGAUUUGCAGGAAAAUGUCUGAUACAUUAUUUAGUACCUUGAGCGUUGAGUGUGCUUAACUUUUGUUUUCCAGAGUUGUUGCUUGCUUUUACUGCUUUUAUGAACUAGUUCAGCGAGGAAUGAUAACAGAGCUUAAGUGUCUGCCGUGGCAUUUCUCUAUUGUCUCUGAACAUAACAAGAUAUCAUCAGCAUAGAGCAAUAUCUGACUAUUUUGCCGUGGUGUCAAUUUAGACAAAUCUGCUGGCAUAGCUUGAGAAAAAAUAGUUGGACUUUUAUAACACCCCUGUGGAAGUCCUGUAUAGCUAGAUCAUUUUCCCUCCCGAACCAAAGUUGAGAAUUCUUAUCUACUGGGAUAGAAAAAAAUGCAUUUGCUAACUCAAUAACAGAGAAAUAUCUGCUUUCAGGUAUUAAAUCAUUUACUAAAACUGGAGGAUCUGGAACCACUGGUGCUCUAGGCAUGACUGCUCUAUAUUUACUGCCUGCAAAUCUUGUAAACAUCCUCCAUCCUGUAGAGGGUGCCAAGGUAUAAACACUAAGGCUGGUCUGCUUAUCUUGCUCUAGGGUUUUGCAUUUCCAUCAUUAGAAACUGUUCAACUGUAGAACCAUGUCUAUACCGGAAUGUGUUUUAUAAGGCCUGACCAUCUCCAUCAGCUUCCCCAUGCUCCAGUGAGUUGUUUUUUGGUUCUGUGGUGGCAGGUAUGAUGAGGUGCACAUGUCGGUUGGUGGCAGAGAGGAGGGGAGGACGCUCUGGUUGUUGUGCUCUUGGUUAGACCAGCGCAGGGAGGAGGACAACUGCAUUUAUUUUCCUCUUUACUCAUACUUAUCUCUCAACUUUCUAAAAUGUAUGACAUUUUCUUGAUUCUUUUGAUGCAUUAAUUUUGUUUCAUGCUCAUGGAACACUUCAUUUGCGACAAUUUUGGUUUCUGCAAGCUGAGGAUUUACAUUGUCACCGUUAGGUUUCAGUCCUCUGUUUUCUCUUUGGAGACAGUUUUGACAACCGUAGUUUUAAACUCACAUUAUAUAUGUAUACAUAUUAUUUAUAUUAAUAGUUUUUUAAAUUAUUUACAUUUUGACAUUUUUAUUGUCUUUUUAAGUCACUUAUUUUACUUUAUCAGUGGGACUCAAACACACAUUAAAGGGACUCGAACCUUUAUGCAUGCUCAUUAAGUUUUAGGUCUUCUUGUCAGGCUACUAGUUUACUUGGUCUUUUCAGACUCUCUUCUCCCAUGGGACUAUAACCCCUUACUUUUACUCUGUGGGACUUGAACCUUCAGUCAGUAACGCUUAUUCUUUAUUUUCAUCUAUUCUCUCUCUCUCUUUCUCUCACUUUGAUUUACCUGAUUUUUAUGUCUCCUUCUUAGUCUUUUUGUUUGCGAUUUCAUCACUCCCACCUCAGUAGACAGAUUCUUCCCAGCCUCUUAAUUAUCCAAACUGCUCUUCUGUAGGCGCAGGGCAGAGGUCUUUCACUCAAAAGUCCCAGAAUCCCUUUGCACGGUAUUGAGUCCCCUGUCCAGGGAGGACAGAAUAUCUUGAGAUCCAGCUCGAAGGACCAAGAUAUGAUAGAAAAAUUAUUUCAUUAUGAAAAGAGCCAGACACAAGAAUUCAGGUUAAGAGUUAUUUUAAUUCUUGCAAGAAUGGAGCACAGCUCAUGCUCCGAGUUGAUACACAGCAGCGUUCUUUGACUGAGGGGGUUUCAGAGUCUUUUAUCCUCACUUUAUCAGCCCUCUCGGAUCUUUGUCAUCAUUUCCAUAUAUGGUCAACAGACAACUCAACAAGUAACACCUGCACAUGCUCUCAGUGCUGUUUAUACGUUUCCUGUUUCUGCAUAUAUAAGUGUCACAGUGCGCUUAUCCUCCCAGAGGACUCAAACUGUACAUAUACAGCCUCUGCACAACUUGAGUGAUAUUUUUCCAUCAACUUUAAAGGACUAGAAUUUUUAAAUUUGAGUACAGUUUGUUGAACAAGUAUAACACACUACUCACUGAACUCAAAGACACUACCUUUGUCCAAAUCUCCAAAAACACGAUUUGAUCUGUAGCAAUUUGUGCAAGCUGUGACCGUUUCCUUCAUUCUGUUGUCAUUGCAGGUGAUACUGUGAUCCAGAAUGCAGCCAACAGUGGAGUUGGACAGGCUGUUAUACAGAUUGCUGCUGCAAAGGGAAUAAACACUAUCAACGUUGUCAGGGACAGGUGAACUCAGUCAUAUCAGAUAAACUGUUCAAUGAUGAUGUUUCUCGACUUUUGUUUGACAAAUUGUGCUUGAAUCGUUGGUUAAAUUUAGUUGUGUUUCUUAUAUGAAGUCUUUUUACUGGCUCAGGGCAUCAGCGUGUUCUUAAGAGCUACUGUACUUAGUGAUAGUGAGUAAUGUUGUCCAAGAGUAGCCGAGUUUUCGUGUGUGCAAGAAUUUAUGGCUGUUAUGAACUUGUUCAUUGUGUCUCUCGUUUUCCAAAGGCCAGAGUUCGCACAGCUCAGUGAUAGGCUGAAGGCCAUCGGCGCAACUCAUGUGAUCAAAGAGGAGGCACUAAGGCGGCCUGAGAUGAAGGAGCUGUUCAAGGUCUGUGUGUUUGAAGACAGGUUAAUAGAUCUGAUAAUGUAGCUGAGGCUAUUUAUUAAUAAACACAGUCAUGGCAUCAUUGUGUUUUUAUUGUCUCUCAUACAGAGCUGCCCAAGGCCUAAACUGGCUCUGAAUGGAGUCGGAGGAAAAAGUGCCACAGAGCUGCUCCGUCAUCUACAGUGAGAACAUCAAAUCAUGUCACAAGUCAUGAUCUGAAACUGAAAUAUGUAAUCAUCAGAUCAGCACCAUAUCAUAUUAUAACACCGUACUGUCUUAUAAAUUAAAGAUUAGGUGGAUCUAUGGUGACGUAUGGAGGGAUGGCAAAACAACCUGUCACUGUUCCUGUGGUAAGACUAAAUCUCCUACUUUCUUACUUUAUCACUAUUCUUUAUCACUAUAUCUUACUUUAUCUUAUUUUAAUCUUACUUGAUCAUUUCAAAACAAAAAGUUUUCUGCAAACAAAAUAUCCUAAACUUGUUUUCUCCAGAGUGCCCUCAUCUUUAAAGAUGUAAAAGUUCGGGGGUUUUGGGUCACACAGUGGAAGAGAAAUCACUCCAAAGGUGAGCCGCUGAAGCUUCAUAUUUUACAGGUCAAAAUACCCAAAUAUGACUAAUAUUAUAGGUUUAAUAACGUAUUUUUUUAACUUUGUUUUGUCUCAGAUGGAAGAGCAUUUCGAGCCAUGCUGGACGAACUGUGCAACCUCAUCCAGCAGGGAAAGCUGGAGGCGCCUGCCUGCACUGAGGUGGGCCUUGAAGACUACUCCAAAGCUCUGGACACAGCCAUGCAGCCUUUCACUUCAGUUAAACAGGUCCUGAUCAUGUGA